CGCUGUCAUGAGGCGGGGUGGCCGCCGCUGGCUCCAAGUUCUUGUGCAUUGGCCCUUGGCGCGCUGGUCCCACAGCUUUGCCAAGACUCGGGGUGGCUGUAGGGGGGCGAUGGCUGAGGCACCCUCUACCCAGGCCGAGGCAGCGGGAGAGCUGAAGUCUCUGGUUCAGCAAAAUGGAGACGCCGGUAGCGACCCGGGCGGAGAGCGGCUCCUGGAGCGCCUGGAGCAGGCGGCGGUAGGGGCACAGGUCCCGGGGAGCGGGGAGCAGGCCUUGGGAGGCGAGGAGCAGGUCCCGGAGAACGGAGAGCAGGCCUCAGCGCCGGUCGCCGACUCGGGCAAGAGGAAGAAGCGGCGGGGCGCCACCCGGGAACGGGUCGUGCCGCCUCCGAAGAAACGGCGGACUGGGGUCAGCUUUGGCGACGAGCAUUUCGCGGAGACCACCUACUACUUCGAGGGCGGCCUGCGCAAGGUGCGGCCCUAUUACUUUGACUUCCAGACCUAUUGUAAAGGUCGCUGGGUGGGCCGCAGCUUGUUGCACGUCUUCAGCACCGAGUUCCGAUCCCAGCCACUGGCCUACUACGAGGCUGCUGUCCGGGAGGGGCGCCUGCAUCUCAACGAGGAACCAGUUCAGGACCUCGGCAUCGUUCUCAAGGACAAUGAUUUCCUGCGGAACACGGUGCACAGACAUGAGCCACCGGUCACAGCGGAGCCGAUUCGCCUGCUAGCUGAGAACAAUGAUGUGGUUGUUAUAGACAAGCCCUCCUCCAUUCCUGUCCACCCCUGUGGCCGCUUCCGGCACAACACCGUCAUCUUCAUCUUAGGCAAGGAGCACCAGCUGAAGGGGCUACAUCCGCUGCACCGCCUCGAUCGCCUCACCUCAGGUGUGCUCAUGUUUGCCAAGACGGCUGCAGUCUCCGAGAAGAUUCAUGAGCAGGUUCGGGAUCGGCAGCUGGAGAAGGAAUAUGUAUGCCGGGUUGAAGGGGAGUUCCCUGAUAAGGAGGUAAUUUGCAAGGAGCCCAUCCUAGUGGUGUCUUACAAGGUAGGAGUUUGCCGUGUGGAUCCGAAGGGCAAGCCCUGUGAGACUGUGUUUCAGAGGCUGAGCUACAAUGGCCACUCCAGCGUGGUGCAGUGCCGGCCACUUACAGGACGCACUCACCAGAUCCGAGUCCACCUCCAGUUCCUGGGCCACCCCAUCCUCAAUGAUCCAAUCUACAAUUCAACCGCCUGGGGUCCUUCUCGAGGCCAGGGUGGCCACAUUGCAAAGACGGACGAGGAACUGCUCCGGGACCUGGUCGCAGAGCAUCAGGCCAAAGAAAGCCUUAAUGUGCUGGAUCUCUGUGAGGGUGACCUGGCAGCAGGCCUCAUAGACUCCACAGCUCCUUCUUCAGAGCUGGCCAAGGACAGCCUGGGAGAGAUGGCCACAGUAGCCCAGAAGAUAGAUGGAAUAGCUAAGGCUGCCCCUCAGCCUCCGGACACACCAGGGAAGGCAGCCAAAGCAGAUGUCAGGAAUCAUGAAAAGGACCCGCUCUGUGCAGAAUGCCGGCUGUCGCGACAGGAUCCCUUGCCCCGGGAUCUUGUGAUGUUCCUGCAUGCCCUCCGCUACAAAGGGCCAGACUUUGAGUAUGUCUCACCCAUGCCAGCCUGGGCACAGGAUGACUGGCAAGCAGACUGAUGGAUAUGACCAAUGGAAGAAUGGCCUCUUGGGUUGGAACAAGGCUGGGCCUUGAGACAGGGAUUGUUUCCAUUGGUUAAUACUCAGGGUUUGGGGAAGAGCGAGGUUUCACUGUAAGAAACCUGUUUAUACUUGCUACCUCCUUCCUUCUAGCUUGUUUGGGGCUUUCAGAUCUGUAAAUAUAUCAUUUUUUUAACACCG